AUGUCCGCAGCGUCGAACGGUCGUUCGAGGAGAUCUUCUAUUCGAAAUUUUAUCUCGACGAUUCCCAUUUUCCGUUCCACCUCCGCUGCUCAAGGUAACACGGCGAAACUUGAUGAUGGAACAAACCCAGCUUGUUACGAAUUGGCUAAAAAAGGAGAAGUCCUAUGUCGUGAAUGCAAGUUCGAUGACGCUAUUCCAAUACUCCUGGAGGCACUGGCAUUAGGAAGUGAAGAACCUUCGAUACUGUCCCCUAUAUAUUCACAGUUGGGGCACUCAUACCACACAGUUGGUGAUUUGCCAAACGCUUAUAAAUACCACUGCUGCGAGGAUUGUUUGGCAGAUGGUUUCUACAGCCUUGCGGCCAUCUACGUACGUCGAGCCAAACAAAUGGUAAAGAAAGUGAACAGACAAGCCAAAAAAAGAUGUAUAUUAGAAGAUGAGAGUACGUUUACUGAAUCUAGCGAGAAUUUGUCGUCAGACUCUUCUUAUACUAGAGAUUUGAAUGAGGCUAUGUCUCUCUAUCGGAUGCCCCUGCAUGUGGUCGCGUAUAUGGGUGUCUGGGCAAUGUCUUGCAUUUGCUCGGUGAUUAUACGCGAGCACUAUUCUAUCAUGAAAAGGCAAGUUGUUCAACAUUUCCGCUUUAUACUCCUUAUAGUGCGACUGUCAAUUGCUUCCGAAUUUGAUGACAAGGAUGCUAAAUAUAGAGCUUACAUAAAUAUCGGAAACGCACAUCUUCGUCGGCAUAAGGGAAAUUCAGCAAUCAGAUAUUACCAGUCAGCACUGGAUCUUGCACUAGAAGACUCCAAUAAGACGAGAGAGUCUAAGUGUUGUUUCUGUCUUGCGAACGCGGCAUAUGACAUUGGAGACUACUAUAGAGCCCAAGAAUAUUUUCUUCGUAGUAUGGCCUUAGCUCGAGAGCUAGAAGAUUUUACAAUCAUGUUUCACGCAUACAGUGGGUUAGCUAGAGUUUGUACGAAGUUCGACGAUUACCCGAAGGCUGCGUAUUUUUUGGCAUGUAUCCGAGCACUGGCUGUGCAGAUCCAUGAUGAAGACAUGGUGACGGCUGCUGUCGAGUCCUUGAUACAACUAAUAGAGAAACAUAGGCAUUGUCUUAUAUCAAGAGAUAAAAAUAUAAACUUUGACAGUAGCAACGAUCCGGAGCCACAGUCACACGUCUGCCAAGUGAAGAAAGUGUCAGGAUCAACAAAUCUCACGUUCACUGAUCAACCGUCAUCGGGUCACGUGAGUUUUAAUAGAACCGCUCAGGAAGAAAGGCAUUUUUUAGAGUCAGCGAGUGCAGCACCUAGAAAAUCUGAGGAUGAUUUUAUCGAUCUGCCUUUGGGUGUACGAUCAUCGGGUUUGGACGAACAGCGGCGUGAUAUGCCAGUUGUGCGUUCUAGAGCUCUUGCUGGACGGCGCCAAGCCGAUAGCGGAAUGGUGACACUGAACGAAGAUCCUGAGUCUCCUAUAGAUAUGGUCUUGAAUGGUGAAGCCAGCAGAAUGAUGAAACAACGAGAAGUGUUCCUCCCUGGUAUGAAGGUCAAAAAAGCAACUUCGGAACUUCUCCACAGCCCUGGGUAUACUCCUAAUGAGGGCGUCGAUCCGAGAAUUGACGAAGCAAUCAUUGACUUGUUAACGAAUAGUCGAGACCAAGGAGUGAAUGACCAACGCUCCGAUGUUGUCAUAACUCCCAAGAAUUCUGCCGGAUUUUGUUCGAUAGAGGAAAUCUGUGUUGAGGAGGAAUCGUCGCUAGUGAUUAUACAACUGCAGGCGGAACGAUUGAAAGACAAAGCCGCUCGUCGAGAAACCGUGAACAAACCUUAA